GCGCUCCGCGGUGUUCCCAGCAUUCGUUGACGUGAACUUCUCGCGGCUGUGCUUCAGACGGCCGGCCGUCUGUCUCUCGCACGUCUCCUGCGUCGUGUCGUCAUCGACUGGUAAAAAGAAAAAAAAACGCGAGUGGCGUUUCUCCUUCACGGCCACAAUAACAAGAGCGGCCAGUUCGGUCGGCCGGAGUCUCUUUCCCCCGCUCUCCCAACACGCGCGGCGGACUAAACACCAUCGCGCCGGGUUUUAAUGUGUAACGCUAACGAGACGACACUGCGGGAUGAAGCUCACACGAAACUGCCUGGGCAACAUCGGCAAGAUGUUGGACUUCUACUCGCAAUUCAAUCCCUCGCCACUCUCAAUAAAACAGUUCAUCGAUUUCGGUUUAAGCGCCUGUGAGAGGAAAUCCUUCAUAUUUCUGAGGAAAGAGCUGCCAGUACGACUUGCCAACAUUAUGAAAGAGAUCCAUUUAUUACCGGAAAACUUGCUGAAAAUGCCUAGUGUGGGUAUUGUGAAUAACUUGUAUAUCACAUCCUUCGAAGAAAUAAUACACUUUGAAAAAGUCGAUGUCAACGAGACCACCUUAGACAAAUUCUGCCAAGCUUUAAUAAAGAUACGGAAUAGGCAUACCGAUGUCGUUCAAACAAUGGCGCAGGGUGUUUUGGAGUUGAAGGAAUCCCACGAUGUGGAUGUUCAGACUGAGAACAGCAUUCAGUAUUUCCUGGACAGAUUUUUCAUGUCCCGCAUUUCCAUUCGUAUGCUGAUCAAUCAACAUACGCUCCUUUUUGGUGGGCAAUUAAACGGGCACAGUAGACACGUAGGAUGUAUAGAUCCGUCUUGUGAUGUGAUCAGCGUCAUUAAAGACGCUUAUGAGAACGCACGAUUUUUGUGUGACCAAUAUUAUUUGGCUAGUCCGGAAUUAAAGGUCAAACAGCAUAACGAACUUGAAUGUAGUAGUGAGAUUAGGAUUAUUUAUGUACCGAGCCAUUUGUAUCAUAUGCUAUUCGAGCUCUUCAAAAACAGCAUGAGAGCCGUGAUGGAACACCAUGGGACUGACUCAGAUAAUUAUCCACCACUUGAGGUUUUGCUAGUGCGCGGUAAAGAAGACAUUUGCGUGAAGAUAUCUGAUAGAGGUGGCGGCAUUCCUCGUUCACAAACGGACCAUUUAUUUAAGUACAUGUACAGCACCGCUCCACAGCCGAGCAAAUCUGAUGCUCAUACGGUACCACUUGCAGGAUACGGCUACGGUCUGCCAUUAUCUCGAUUGUACGCCAGGUAUCUGCACGGUGACAUCGUAUUGCUCAGCUGUGAGGGUUACGGAACAGACGCUAUUAUAUAUUUGAAGGCAUUAUCCACCGAGGCAAACGAGCUAUUACCAAUAUUUAAUAAAACCUCGUCAAAAUUCUACCGCACACCAGUACCCAUUGCGGAUUGGAGCAGUCAGUGUGGUGGUGGGAUGGCGACAAGGCAACUUAGCAUGAGUCACGCUCAAGGCCAUAGACUGCCUCAUGGAAUGGAAAUCACUCAUUUAUAGCAGAACGCGAAGGAUGCGGAUCCGAAAACGAUUGGAGAGCACCAAAAAAUUUUCUGUCCGCGUAUACCACAAGAUGCUUUAAUAGGAAAACUAGAUCUGUAUUUAAAGCCAGGACAAAUAUCGAAGGAAUAUCCUUUACAAUAUUUGUGAGAAAUCAUUAAUUAUUAAACAGGUAAAAUACUAUUCAUAUUGAUAAUCUCUUCCUUGUGUCGUAAUUGCAUCAUUACAUAUCAAAUCAAUUUUACCGAUUUGAUAAUUUAAAGCUUUUGUUUUCCAUCUUUUUUGUGACACAAGCGUAGAACAUCAAAUUAUCUAUUAUAUGUUUUUAAUAAAAAAAUAGGUAACAGGUUUUACGAUCGAAAAAGAAUUUUUUUUUUUCAUCAAUCUUGAAGUUAUGAUUCAUUUUAUAAUGAAGCGUCGCAUCUAAAUAAUUGGAUAGCAAUUGUUUGUAAUAUUAGGCUUUGUAUGGCAAAAUGUAUUCGAUCAUCUUACAUCUUAUAUUAUACAGAAAAUAUCAGCAUUUUAAUUUGAGAUAGCAUUUUUUGUUACAUUAUAGCUUUGAAUGUCGAAUGAUAUAUUCUGGACCAUGUUUUGAAAUUUGUCAAAGAAAUAUAAUCUUUCAAUAUCUGAAAGAUUGUAGAUUUUUUUCUAAAAACUUUAAAUACUCAACAUUUUAUUUUCUUUAUGUCUUUUUUCUUUAUUUUAUAUCAAAUAAUAAUUACAUAUAUUUAAUUACUAUUAAAUAAUAUGAAACAAUAAUAAAAUAAUUUUAUAGGGGAAAGAAUUAAUUAUACAUAUAUUUAUAUUGAAUAUAUCUUAGAAAAUGGUCUAGGACAGGCAGGCAUCUACUUCCAAUCGACUGUAUCAAGCACGUAACAAAUUGCAGACUGUGAUGUAACAUGAAAUUUUGAUUUAGCUGCUAGACAAUUACAUUUGUUAGAGUACACUACAUUCAUUCAUACGUGCACAAGAUGCGCAUAUGUAGUACAUAAAUUAUAAUUUUACGACUAUGUAUACGCCAAUUGUUCCGAAUGAUUAUAGAAAGAACUGAGUGAAGAGAAAAAUAUUCCCUAUUUCCUGAGAAAGAGUAUUUUAUAUCGCAAAAAUUUAUGGUCUGCUGACCAGUCGGCUACUUUUUAAUUACAUUUUCUAUGAACAGAUUAAAUUUGUACGAAUUAAAAUUGUUUGUUCACGGAGGAAACUUUUGGUACAGAUUUAUACAUUCUGAGGUACCUGUGUCUGUUUCAAUUAUAUUUUGAUAAUGUAUUUUUCUUUUUUUGAAUGGCACAUGCAGACGUAACAAAUAUUAAAGGUAUAAUAUUUGUUUGUCUUUUGUAUAUUCCAUUGCAAACUAAAUUUUUAUUGCAGCAAUUAAAAAGUACGGUUAAAAAUCAGGUGUUUUUUUACACUUAAGAAUAUUAAUAAAGGAUAGUUGUUUAAAAAGUGUACUUGAUAUUAUAAUAUUUAAUAUUAUAAAUAAUGUACUUUUUACAUAAUGUGUAAACUAUUUUAAGAUUGGGUGCUUUUCAUUUAAUGACACAAGUCCUGUGUUAUUCUGUUUUUAUUACUCAUUAAAUUCUAAAAAAGACAGAACGAUACUUGUAUCAAUUUGCGUCACUAAGUAAAAAGCACCAAUUCAUAAUUUUCUAAGCAAUUGACUAAAAAGAUUUAUUUGAUUACACAGAUACCUCGGAACGCUAAACAUUAAUUUGUAAGUUUAUACUGUAUGAUGUGCUGGGAGAAGAAUGUUACAAGCGAAAUGACGAAUCACUUAAGAAUGUGUGUACAUUUUUUACAAUAUUGCAAUUUUUUUAAACAAACUGCAGAAUAAGCUAGUACGUCGAGUAUAGCGCGCUUGAUAAUACAUAUAACACCACUCAGAGAAUGUAGCGUUGACAAUUUGUAAGACCCCCUCAUCUUUCAGAAACGUGAUUGUAGAGAUGAUUUAAACAAAGAAGUUAUGUACAUAAUACUAUGUUGAAGGUGAACAAUUGAUAAAUAUGUGAAUUUAUUAGUUCUUAUGGUAAAUUGUAUUCGUACAUGCGGUACGAAUAGGAUCUUGUAAAGCAUUGUUAAUAAAUAUCUUACAAUAAAAACGUACUUCUUA